AUGAGCGAAAAUAAUGAUGAAGAAAAUAAUUUAAAUAAAUUAGAUUUUUUAGGUGAUAAUAAAGAAAAUGAAAAUUUUUUAACAGAAGAUAUAUUAGAAAAUUUUGAUGAGGGUAAUAUAAAUUCUAAAAGAAAAGAAAUAUCAGAUAGUUUAAAAAAUAAAUUAGUUCAUAAAAACAUUUCUUUAAAAAUACAUAACAUAAUAUCGUCAGCUAAUUUAUGCAUAGAAAUAGAUUUACGUUUAAUAGCUGUGUCUAUUAGAAAUGCAGAAUAUAAUCCAAGUAAAAUUAACACACUUAUAAUAAGAUUAAAUAAGCCAAAAUGUACAGCUUUAAUUUUUAAAAAUGGAAGAAUAAUGUUAACAGGAACAAAAACAAAAAAUGAUUCUAUAUAUGGUUGUAAAAAAAUUGGAAAAAUUAUAAAAAUAAUAACUAAUAAAUCAGUAAAAUUUCAAAAUUUCAAAAUAGAAAAUAUUAUUGCUAGUGCAAAUUGUAAUAUGCCCAUUAGAUUAGAAAUGUUAGCUCACGACCACAAAGAAUAUUGUAAUUAUGAACCUGAAUUAUUUGCAGGAUUAGUAUAUAGAUAUAAACCUACAUCAAAAUUAAAAUCAGUUAUUUUAAUUUUUGUAUCAGGAAAAAUUAUUAUUACUGGUUGUAAAUCUAUCCAAAAACUAAACACCGUUUUUCAAGACAUAUAUAAUGUUUUAGUUCAAUAUAAAAACUGA